AUGAUUGUCCUCUUGUUAGUUUUUGUUUUUAUAACGUCUGAAGUUAAGAGCAUAAGAAAUGAAUUACCACAAGAUGAUGAGAAGUACAUCGAAAGACCUUGUAGGAUAUACGACGUAAAUUGUAUAAGAAAAUUUUUUGCGGAACAUUCUCAUUGUAAAAUAACUUAUGGGCCUGUCCCGGACCCGUUGUACAGGCCUGAUCUUUCUUUACAUCUGCCAGGAAUUAAUGUGACAGUGACAGCACUUAAAGUCGAAUACAAUCGUCUUAAUGGAAAGAUCGUUGAAUUUUACGUAAAUACCAAAACUGAUAGAUUAGUGCUAGCAGUUGACUUUGAAGAGUUACGAUUUAUUGGAAAUGACAAUUACUUUCAAUUCCAAAGGCCUGGAAAAGAACCUCUCGUUACAAAUGACUCCUUCAACAUAACUUACCAAUCUGUUGGCUCAACUAUCACAAUACCAAAUUUGAAGAAUCUUCAACUUAAAGACAGUGAAGUUUUCUCCUAUUCCACACAGCUUGCUCCAGUUUAUCAAAUUGGACCUCAAGUGUUUGGUGAUGUUCGUUUGCUACCUACAGCUGUAAAUUUUUUAAGAGAUCCUCAGUCAACAAUACCAGAAGAGUUCCUUUUUGAAUCAACAUUCUUCAUAGCGAGCUUCAUUCAAUACAGUAUCUUUCCAGAUUUAGGACAGGGCGGACUUGGUAAUUUGCCCAAUACUGGCUCACAGCUUCCAGGUCUAGGACAAGGUGGAAUUGGUAAUUCUGGCAAUUCUGGCUCACAGCUUCCGGGCCUAGGACAGGGCGGAAGUGGUAAUUCUGGCAAUUCUGGCUCACAGCUUCCAGGCCUAGGACAGGGUGGAAUUGGUAAUUCUGGCAAUUCUGGCUCACAGCUUCCAGGCCUAGGACAGGGCGAAAGUGGUAAUUCUGGCAAUUCUGGCUCACAGCGUGAUGAAACUAACAUAGAGAGGCCGUGUCAAUCAUUCGAUAUUUACUGUAUCAGACGGUACUUCAAAAAGAACAGUAAAUGUAAGGAAGUCUUAGGACCCGUUCCUGAUCCAUACUAUAGAGCCCAGAGUACACUGCAACUACCAAUUAUUAAUGCCACAUACACAGCCUUUGACGUCCUCUACUCAGGUCUUAACGGCAGGAUAGUUGAGUUUUACAUCAAUAGAGACACAGAUAGAUUGGUGAUAGCUGUUGAGUUCCGGAAUGUGACCUUUUAUUCUAAAGACGUCUUCUUUAGGGUUUUCCGACGUGCCAGAGAACCGGUCACUACUUUCGACUAUAUGUAUAUAAACUAUCCACCAGAUAUAUUAGCUCAACCAUCAAAUGAUUACAAUAGUGGAAGCUGGCCAUAUCUCAAAGCAAGAGAAUCAUUCGGAGUGUCCACACCUGACGAUGAGGGCUACAUCGAAAGACCUUGUAGGAUUUACGACGUAAAUUGUAUAAGAAAAUUUUUUGCGGAACAUUCCCGUUGUAAAAUAACUUAUGGGCCUGUCCCAGAUCCUCUGUACGAUCCUUUUUAUACUCUCUAUUUGCCAAGAGUUAAUAUAACUCUAACUUCAUUAAAAAUUGAAUACGGUGGGCUUAAUGGAAAAAUCGUUGAGUUUUACAUAAACCCCAAGACUGAUAGAUUAGUGCUAUCAGUCGAUUUUGAGGGUUUCACUUUUGUCUCAAACGACAAUUAUUUCCAAUUUUCAAGAGUCGGAAGAGAGCCCCUCGUUACGAAUUCCUUCUUUAAUGUAACUUACAGAAGCGUAAGUUCAACAAUCACCAUACCUAAUUUGAAAGAUUUGCAACUUCAAAACAGUGAAGUUUUUUCAUUUUCGGACACACCAGUUUACCCUCUUUUCGAUGUGGGACCCAAAGCUUUCGGUGCACCAGAUAUAUUAUCUCAACCAGAAAAUGAAUACAAUGCCCGUAGCUGGCCAUAUCUCAAAGCAAGAAAAUCAUUCGGAGUGUCCACACCUGACGAUGAGGGCUACAUCGAAAGACCUUGUAGGAUUUACGACGUAAAUUGUAUAAGAAAAUUUUUUGCGGAACAUUCUCGUUGUAGAAUAACUUACGGGCCUGUCCCAGACCCGUUGUAUGAUCCUGAAUUUACUCUCUAUUUGCCAAGAGUUAAUAUGACCCUCACUUCAUUAAAAGUGGAAUACGGUGGGCUUAAUGGAAAAAUCGUUGAGUUUUACAUAAACCCCAAGACUGAUAGAUUGGUGUUAUCAGUCGAUUUUGAGGGUUUCACUUUUGCAUCGAACGACAAUUACUUCCAGUUCGAAAGAGUUGGAAGAGAGCCCCUCGUUACGAAUUCCUUCUUUAAUGUAACUUACUUUACCGUGAGUUCAACAAUAACAGUACCAAAUUUGAAAGAUUUGCAACUGCAAAACAGUGAAGUUUUUUCAUUCUCGCAACCACUACGUGCCCCGUAUUUCGCUUUCGGACCUAACGUUUUUGGUGAUGUCCGGCUACUUCCAUCAGCGGUUGCGUUCAAUGCAGACAUUCCUUCUGAUAUUUUAGAAGGAUUCCUCUUCAUAUCUCCUUUCUUCAUAGCGAGCUUUAUACAAUACAGUAUUUGUAAUUUCGGUGUAACAGUGUUCUAA